GCUGUCCGCCUCUGGGUGCUGAACAUGGGCGCUUCCAGCAGGGCGCUGUCCAUGGUGCCGACCGUCCUCCUGGCCCUGGCUCUCCCCGCCUUCCCGGCCUGGGCGCAGAACGACACGGAGCCCAUCGUCCUGGAAGGGAAAUGUUUGGUGGUCUGCGACUCCAACCCGGCCAGCGACUCCAAAGGCUCGUCCUCCUCUCCUCUGGGGAUCUCCGUGCGGGCUGCUAACUCCAAGGUGGCUUUCUCGGCGGUCAGGAGUACCAACCACGAGCCUUCGGAGAUGAGCAACAAAACCAGGAUAAUCUACUUCGAUCAGAUCCUAGUAAAUGUGGGGAAUUUCUUUACAUUGGAGUCUGUCUUCGUAGCGCCAAGAAAAGGAAUUUACAGUUUUAAUUUUCAUGUAAUUAAAGUCUAUCAGAGCCAAACAAUCCAGGUGAACUUGAUGCUAAAUGGGAAACCCGUCAUUUCUGCAUUUGCUGGGGACAAAGAUGUCACGCGUGAAGCUGCGACAAACGGAGUCCUACUCUACCUAGACAAGGAAGAUAAGGUUUACCUGAAACUGGAGAAAGGUAAUCUGGUUGGUGGAUGGCAGUAUUCAACGUUUUCUGGCUUCCUGGUCUUCCCCCUGUAAGGUCAAUUUCCCUGUGACAUUCAUCCAGGUGUGGAUCGGUCAUUGCUUCUGUUCUUUGAAGAUCAUCUCCUCAUCCUUUGGAUCGAUGUUUCCUUUCUCGUUUUCUCAUGGGUGAAUAUGGAUUCCAUUGAUGGCAUUUGGCCUAUCCGAACGACUCUUGAGAUUUCACCGAAAAUUUUAUGUGUUUGAAUA